CUGGAGAUAACGGAUGGCAACACAGAGGAGAGAAUGAAAAAACCCAAGCAAAAGCCUUGCCAUAAUUGUGGGGCUUUAAAUGUUUCAAACUGCAAAACGUGCAGAAAUUGUUUUGCUGCCAUUGCUUUAAAAGCAAUCAUCAUGGCAAAACAAAAAAACAUUGAGGAGUCGUCAUGGGCAGCAAACAACAAAAAACACAGGAAUUCUGCCCGUGUUGUAGAUUCUGCCCGCACUGCUGUUAAGAAAUUGGAAAUGCUGGGCUACAAGCCAUUGUUGUUUAUUUCGAAAGAAAAGAAAAAAGGAUUUAACACAGAGCUAAUAACAACAAUGGGUCCAUUUGGAGAGGGACCACAGCAAAAAAUUAUAGAUAAAAUGGCCAGCCUGUACGAAGUUUUUAUUAAAAAUUUCCAGAGGUUUCAGAAUUCGGCUGCAACAGACCCUGAUGUCUGCCAAAACCUAGCAUCAUCGGUUUCUCCUCCAGCUUCUAUUCCUCCAUCAUCUUCCUCAAGCCUUCCUCCUCCACCAUCUUUCCCAAACCUUUCUCCUCCACAAACUUCCUCCAGCUUUCCUCCUUCAUUUGCUGUUCCUCCACCAUCUUUGCCAAACCUUUCUCCACCACAGUCUUCUUUCAGCUUUCCUCCUUCAUCUGCUGUUCCUCCACCAUCUUUCCCAAAUCUUCCUCCUCCACAAUCUUCUUCCAGCUUUCCUCCUUCAUCUGCCCCUCCACCUUUAUCUUCCAACCUUAUUCCUCCAACUAAUUCCUCAAGCUUCAGUCCUCCUACCUCCUCCUACAUCACCCCUCUUCCACCUGCCUCUUCAUACAAAACACUUCCUGCUCCACCGCCUACUUCCCUCACUACUACACCUACUUCCUCUCUAUCAAGUCCUGCAGUCCAGUGCAUGACUACAGAUUUUGGUGAUUCAGAUUUAUUCUCCAGAGAAAGUAUCAUAAAAGGGGACAAACAGAAGAAGUGGAUCUACAAACAAGCAGAAUGCCAAGUACAUUCCAACCAGAAAACCUUUCCAUAUGACAGGAUUGUGAAAAGGAGGAUGUCCAAAGAAGGUGUUGAAGAGGCCAGAGUCAGAUGGAAGCCGUGUUCUGGAUGUGGGAUGAAAUGGAAAGACUCCUGGGAGCCAUCAAAUCACUUUUUGUAAAAUACAGUGGGUUAUAAAAAAGGAAUGCUUUUAAAAAGAGAUUUGUCUACUGCUGUUGUAGCUAUUUUCGGUGCAGGUCUUGUUUUUGUUUGUUGUUUUAAAUCUACUUUAACUCAGCACAUGUUUAAACCCACAUUUUGACAUUGUAUUUUGUUUGAUUUUUAUUUUUUGAAUUGUAUUAUAAUAAAUUUUUUCUGUUAACCUAGAGUAAAGACUUCCACGCACAAAGAUAACCACUUACAGUAUUUUCAUCUACGUCAUAUCUGCAGCCACUAAAUCACUCGGCAAAAUUGUUUGAAUGUUUGUAUUUAAAAAAAAUAAAUAAAUAUAUUAAUGAUUUAAAUG